GUCUUUUGUUCGAAAGUUUCUCCGAUAUUUGACAAGACAAGCCAUUCAAUUCAACUUUGGGAAGUGUUUUCUUUGAUUCCCGAAUAAAAGGAAACCAGAAAGCAAAACCAAACUUCUGUUGACUUAUGCGCUUAGAGAUUCUCUGGUGCAAAUACGGAGGCAACAUCAAUCACAAAAUUUUGUAUGAAGUUCUCUCUGCCCAACACCGCUGCUGCUCUUCUUAAUAUUUUUCUCACCCAAAAUUUUUUCUUUAUUUUUAUCCUCGCCUGUCUCAUCUGAUAAUGAUAAUGAACGCUUCCAAGUCUAGGAGGAAGAAGAAGCGGUCACGCGCCCCUCUCAAACCAACCACUAACAAUUCGUCACGUGGCAAACCGGAAGAUGAAGGAUGGGACAGAAGUGUUUGCUUGUUGACGGAGGCUUUGGAGGAUGUAUCUCUCGAAGAAGCCGACGUUGACGUGAACAAAACGGUGGAGAUUUUCGCCAAGUUGUCGGACAAGAGUGAAGAUCCGUCGACUACGAGUUCGGUUUUUGGCGGAUCUUCGUGUUUGGACUCUGGUUCGACCUCGGGUUCGAGCGUGGGAUAUGUUGAGACGAGAUGUGUGCAGAACAUGUUCAAGAAGGGGGCGAGUAGGCGGAAGAGAGUGGUGGCGGUUACCGGAACCGUGGCGAAUGUGUUGGGGAAGGAGUACGUGAGGGCCAAUUCAAGAAAAGCGGCGAAAUAUAAGAAAAUUGUUGAUGGUCAGAAUGGGAUGGAUGAACAAGAGGUGGAGCAGUUUUUAUACUCGAUGCUUGGUGAAGAUAGCGAGUUGAGCAUGGCUGUGGUCAAAGAUGUGCUUGGUCAGUGCGGCUAUAAUGUUGGUAAGGCCUUGGAGGCAUUGCUUGAUUUAUCAGCUUCCUCCAACGAACAGUAUGGGAACUGCACUGAAGAUUUUAACCUUAAGGAAGAUGCAAGAUUUGGCGUUGGAUCUAGUGACAAUGUAAUGCAUUCCUACCGAAUAUUAUUGUUGUUACUGCUGUUUUGCUUUGGCAUCUCUCUCUUUCUCUCCCUCACAACUCCUCCCUUUUUUCUAAAGUUCUUGAGCAUUGGCAUCUUACUGAAUUAUUCGAAGGUUCUUUCUUCUGAAGUAUCAUCUAAGCCAAGUGGCCAGUUUGACCUCCCUCAGAAGGUGUUGGAAUCUUUGUUUAACAUCUCCAAGAGUCCUGAACAUGAACCAAACAGCAUGAAUUGGAGGAAUGUAGUAAAGAAAUUGCAGUCAGUAGGACCCCGAUUUGAUGUUUGCCCUUCUGGCAUUGCAGAAUCUCACCAGGAGCUUUGUGCUAAGGGAGAUGAAUAUCAAGUGUAUAGAAAAGAUGCUAACCUGUGGUGGGAUUCAAUGAAAUCCUCCUAUCAGAAGGCCACAGCAGCAUAUUCAAAGGGGGAUUGGCAGUAUGCAGCUUAUCUUUCUGAUCAG